CGGUUGGAAGACACGGACAAGACUUUGCGAGUGGUGAGGUUGGAAUUGAUAUCGGUCGCUCCAAAUUAUAGCGGAUCGGAUCACAGCAUGGAAGUGUUCGACUAUAAUCUGAGAAAAGAAAGCAAGUGGAUGAGAGAGAAGUUGGGUCUGUCGUGGGUGGAUAAGCGACAGAAUGGCCGAUGGCCUAGCAAUUGACCCAGCGGGCUAUGGAGAGGGAAUGGCAAGAGAGAGAGAGAGAGAGAGAGAGAGAAGAGGACGGACGGGAAGGGAGAGAGAUUGGAGAUGGAUGGGGUCGAUGGAGGGAUGGAUACCACCAAGAAGAAGCAGCGUGACCGACAAGAAGAGGGUGAAGAGGGAGGGGGGGAAGAAGAAGAGAUACAGACAGAGAGAGAGGAAGAGUAGGAGGGUGGCAGAGUCAGCCGUAACGAGAUCGUUCGAAAAGGCAGAUGAGGUGCGCUAUAGCGACUAUACCUACCAUGGACCACACCCACUUUGGCGGGUGGAACUGGGACUCAAGAGACUCACACAACUUGACCUUCUGGCUGGGUAAGCCGGCUCCGAGGGUGUGGGUGUAAUUGGGUAAAAUUACCCUGCUCGGCGGACGGCCCACUUCCGGGUCUGGCUCUUACAGUCUUUUUUGAAGGUAC